GACGAGCAGCAACGAUCGUUUUUGGAGAGCGCGCCAGGGUUUCCCGAUCCAAAACCGUACCCGAUCCGAGCCAACCGAUACGCAGCGACCCGAUUCGCUAGAGAUUAAAAGCCAGCGGAAGAUCAAAAGGCGCGCGCACGGAUCAGUGAAUUCGCUUGAAAUCGGUAACAUUUCAAACCGAUCGAUCUCACGGGAGGUCCCCCGCAGCCCCGAAAGUCCCAAAUAAACCGACAUAAUACCAAAAUCAAAGCGUAGCUAACCCAUUGUAGUGUCAUUAAGUGUGUGCAGUUCCCGCUUCCCCAAUAAGGUGUGAUAAGUGCGUGAUAAUUUUCGAGGCAACCUAGCCGAGUGCGAUCGUUUUGGCCCGAAAAUGUGCUAAUCAGAUCUCAGUCUUGGUUCACGGCAUCGCAGCCCGACGCUGCCCCGCACAACUGGCGCCAAUUUGUAUACAAAUUUCAUGCCUUAAUUGAAACUCACAUUAUAGCCAAGUGCGAAAAGUUAACGACUAGGCGACCACCGACAAUCCCCAGAAACGCUUGACUAUCCCAGCGAAUCCAACCAGAGAAAGUUUCACGGCGGAGUUGGCAAAAAGCAACCGGAGAAGGCGACAAUUGCAAUUCUGGAGUUCUUCAAUCAACUGUCAUCGGCCGAAAUGGACCCAGAGUCGCAGUGUCCGCAGUAUGGCGAGGUGAACCAGCUGGGCGGUGUCUUCGUCAACGGUCGUCCGCUGCCGAAUGCGACCAGGAUGCGGAUCGUGGAGCUGGCGCGCCUGGGCAUCCGGCCCUGCGACAUUUCCCGCCAGCUGCGCGUGAGCCACGGCUGCGUGUCCAAGAUCCUGGCCCGCUACCAUGAGACGGGCUCCAUACUGCCGGGAGCCAUUGGGGGCUCCAAGCCGCGGGUGACCACGCCCAAGGUGGUCAACUACAUCAGGGAGCUGAAGCAACGGGAUCCCGGGAUCUUCGCCUGGGAGAUACGCGAUCGCCUGCUCAGCGAGGGAAUCUGCGACAAGACCAAUGUGCCCAGUGUGAGCUCCAUUUCGAGGAUCCUGCGCAACAAGCUGGGCAGCCUGGGUCACCAGCACACGCCGGGCACGGUGAUGGGCAGCGGCAGCAGCAGUGGCGGCGGCAGUGUGUCCAGCAACGGGGGUCAAAACCAAGGAGCGAGUGUUAAUAACAAUCUGGGGAAUCUGGGAAAUCUGGGCAAUCCCGGUGGAGCUCCACACCAUCCGCACCACCAUCAUCAUCACCAGACGGCGGCAGCGGCGGCGGCCAGUGCCCAUCAUGUCCACGCCCAUGCCCAUGCCCACGCCCACCUGUACAACUCGAUCUAUCAGCCCUACAGCGCUGCGGCCGCCUACAGCAUGAAGGCGGUGUCCUGCGGCAGUCCUUCGCCGCCGCAGGGGGCGGCGGGCGGUCAUCAGGGACCUCAUCAGCUGAGGAGCGUGGCCGCCGCGGCAGCUGCCGCCCACUGGCCCUCCUCGCACUCGGUCAGCGAUAUUCUGGCCCACCACCAGGCGGUUGCCCUGCGGGCCAGUUGCCAGGUGGGCGUCGGAGUGGGCGGAAUGGGCAGCACGGUCUCUCCGCUGCCCAUGACCCCCUCCCCGGUGGGUGGAACCGGGGCCGGGGGUCAGCCGCUGCUCGACUGCGAGGGCGGAGCUGGGCAGCAGUCGCCGUACAACUACUACAUGUACUUCCAGAACGGCGGAAUGCACCACCAUCAUCACCACGGCGGAAUGAUGGCCGCUGGAGCCACCGGAUUAUGAGGGACCAGGGUUUGGUUGCGGGUCUAGCUACUUUCUAUCGCGGUUGUUCAGCCUAGGUUACUCUCUUCUAAGCUUUAGCUUUAGGGAUUGGUCAUAUCACGGCACUCACUUAUCACACAAAAUCAAAAGUAAAUAAACUAAGAGGAAAUAAAUUCCGCGAGGAAUCUGUAUUUGUUUUUAGUUAUCAGUUUCCUGGAAAUUCAACCGAAAUAGAACUCU